AAACCUCGUCUCCUCUCCUCAGUCUUACUAAACUUCCUGAACCAUGUCGUCAGUCGUGGUUGCCGGCGUCUACUCUUGCUCCGCCACCUUCCCCACUAAAACCAUACCAAACCCAUCUCCAAAAGCACUUACAUGUUAUCAGAAAACUACAUUCCAAGGGCUGUCUCUUGAAGAAGCUAAAAAGGGCGUCUCGAAUUUAUUCCUAACUCAUAAAGGGGGCAUUUCCACUAAAUCAAGAAGAGGGCUGCAGAUCACUGCUAGAACUGCUGGAGCUUCCAAGAACAUAGAGGUUGAAGUUGACAAGCCUCUAGGCCUUACGCUGGGUCAGAAGCAAGGCGGUGGUGUUGUGAUUACUGCUGUCGAGGGAGGUGGGAAUGCAGCUAAAGCAGGGCUUAAGGCAGGGGAUCAAGUACUUUAUACUAGCAGUUUCUUCGGGGACGAACUUUGGCCUGCUGAUAAGCUUGGAUUCACUAAAACUGCCAUCCAAGCCAAGCCAGAUUCUGUUUACUUUGUUGUUAGCAGAGGUGCAGAUGUGGAUGUUAAACGACUAACAAAAAGACCAGCACCACCCCGUUUUGGAAGGAAGUUGACUGAGGCACAAAAGGCAAGAGCUACUCACAUCUGCCUUGAUUGUGGAUACAUAUACACUUUACAGAAGCCUUUUGAUGAGCAGCCGGACGCAUAUAUAUGCCCUCAAUGUCAAGCGCCCAAAAAGAGAUUUGCACGAUAUGAUGUAAAAACUGGAAAACCUAUUGGUGGGGCUUUACCUCCAAUUGGUGUCAUUAUUGGGUUGUUGGGUGGUUUAGGUGUAGUUGGAGCUUUACUGGUAUAUGGCCUUCAGUGAAAGUUCCAUAUCACCCUCCAACUAUGGUUUGUUUCCAAUUUACUCAAAUUAGUGUCUAAGAGUGUAAAAAGUCAUUGAAAACAACAAAUAUUACCCACCAAUUCAAUUAUAUUUUGCUGCUAAUUCUAAGGUUUCAGGAGUUCUAUCAUUAAUUUGAUUGUGUUUGGCAAAUCUUUUCUAAAAAAUGAAAACCACUUUUUGCA